GUUUUAUAUUUUGCUUUCUGCUUCUGGAGAGUCUGUGAAUGCAGGAGCGUGUGAGCCUUUGCUGGACCAUCCCGCUUACCUGGCAGGGAGGUGAGAUGCCAGCCCGAAUCCUGCGCCUUCAGGACCUGAGGCUUGGUGAAACUCGUCCCCUUUGUGCCGCUGUGAUGUCUGCAGCAUCUGCCUUCUGGCCGGGCCCUGCUGCCUCGGCACACCCCGGCCGGAGGGCUGGCGGCUCACACGUCUGUCACGGUGCCUGAGAAAACACGCCAGUGACGUGCUGGGUCCCUCCUCCUGCCCGCGGACACAUGCUGCCCGGGGCACAGCCAGCUCGUAGCCCCGAAUCACCCCCGUGUGAUGGAGAGGAUGGAGUUCCUGGGGUUGCGGAGAUGUAGCGGUGCUUAUUUUUUGUGUGCUUAAAAAGCCAUCUGUGGUGGAGCCAGGCGGCAGGCAGGGAUCCCCAGGAGGUGAUGGACGGAGACGGACAGGUGCUCUGGGACUCAGUGGAGGUGGGAACUCCCCUAUCAGUUUUUUUCUCCUGAGAGGCCCAGACUUGCCACAAAGAAAUCUUCCUUCCCACUCCUCUGCAAAAAGCUCUAGAGAAAACAGAGCACCAUGUACACCUUCCUGCCCGAGAACUUCACGCCGGUGAAGCAGAAGCCCGCCAAGGAGCUGAGGCCCAUGCUCGGGGCCAUCUUGCUGGGCCUCGUCCUGUUCAUCGCCGCGGUGGUGGCCUGGUGCUACUACACGGUGUCCCUGCGGAAGGCGGAGCGGCUCAAGACGGAGCUGAUGGACCUGCGGGCGGACGGCUUUGUCAUCAGGAACCAGCAUGGGGAGGUGGUUUUCCGUCUGGCCUUCCGCUCGGGCAGCCUCGACCUGGAGUCGUGCUCCAAGGAGGGCGAGAUUUUGAGCUGCACGCGGUCGGGCCGGGGGCCGCUCAACUUCUUCAUCCAGACGGUGAAGCCCAAGGACACGGUGAUGUGCUACCGCGUGCGCUGGGAGGAGCUGGCGGCCGGCCCGGCGGUGGAGCACACCAUGUUCUGGGAGGACGCCCACUGGUACGGGGGCUCGGAGAUGAGCACCCAGCACUGGCCCAUCCGCCUGGCCGGCUACCAGGAGCCCGUGCCCUACGUGACGAGCGACGUCUACUCCUUCCGCGACAGCUUCGGCGGCAUCCUGGAGCGCUACUGGCUCUCCUCCAAGGCGGCGGCCAUCAAGAUCAACGACUCCGUGCCCUUCCACCUGGGCUUCAACGCCACCGAGCGCACCCUCUUCUUCCAGGCCCGCUACAAGGACUCGCCCUACAAGCCGCCGCCGGGGCAGCAGCCCUUCCCCGAGCUCAGCUACCGCGUCUGCGUGGGCUCCGACGUCACCUCCAUCCACAAGUACAUGGUGCGCCGGUACUUCAACAAGCCCUCCAAGAUCCCUGCCGAGAAUGCCUUCCGAUACCCCAUCUGGUCCACCUGGGCCCUCUACAAGAACGAUAUCGACCAGGAUAAACUGUUGCGUUUUGCUGAAAAGAUCAAGAAGUACCGUUUUAACUGCAGCCACAUUGAAAUUGAUGACACAUACACACAAGCCUAUGGGGACUUUGAUUUUGACCCUGUCAAGUUCCCCAAUGUAACAGAGAUGUUUGCAAAACUGAGGGAGGAUGGCUUUAAGGUCACCCUAUGGACUCACCCUUUCAUAAACUACAACUCCUCCAAUUUUGGGGUGGGGAUUGAGCGUCAGCUGUUCAUCAAGGAGCCGUCGGGGCGGCUGCCGGCCAUGGUGGAGUGGUGGAACGGCAUCGGGGCCAUCCUGGACUUCACCAACCCAGCAGCCCGGGACUGGUUCCAGAGCCACCUGCGCCAGCUCCGACACAAGUAUGGCAUUUCGUCCUUCAAGUUCGACGCAGGCGAGACCAGCUACCUGCCCAAGCAGUUCAGCACCUUCCGCCCGCUCUCGGACCCCAGCAUCUGGUCGCGGCGCUACACGGAGAUGGCCAUCCCCUUCUACGAGCUGGCCGAGGUGCGGGUGGGCUACCAGUCACAGAACAUCUCCUGCUUCUUCCGCAUUAUUGACCGCGACUCUGUCUGGGGCUACGAGCUCGGCCUCAAGUCCCUCAUCCCCACGGUGCUCACCAUCAGCAUGCUGGGGUACCCCUUCAUAUCUGCUGACAUGAUUGGGGGGAAUUUUUUCCCCAAUAAGACAGAUGGGGCAGUGGAAAUCCCUGACCGAGAGCUGUACAUUCGGUGGCUGGAGCUCUCAGCCUUCAUGCCCUCCAUGCAGUUCUCCAUCCCACCCUGGCUCUACGACAAGGAGGUGGUGGAGAUUGCACAGAAGUUCACAGAGCUCCACGAGUCACUGGUGGCCCCGCUGCUGCUGGAGCUGGCUGGGGAGGUCACCGACACUGGGGACCCCAUCAUCCGUCCCAUCUGGUGGAUCUCACCCCGUGACGAGGCCACUCACAGGAUCGACUCCCAGUUCCUCAUUGGUGACACCCUCAUGGUGGCCCCUGUCCUGGAGAUGGGCAAGCAGGAGCGUGACGUCUACCUGCCAGCGGGCAAGUGGCGCAGCUACAAGGGGGAGUUGUUUGAGAAGACCCCGGUGCUGCUCACAGACUAUCCUGUCGACCUGGAUGAAGUUGCCUAUUUCCUCUGGGUUUCCUAACAGGAUCCUUCAUCAGUUUUGGGAUAACUAUGCCUUACCUAGGACUUUGUAACAAAUAAUAAUUUUAAUUGCACAUUUUGUUUGACAAUGGGGAUAAGGAUUGGAAUUAAAUAGACUUAACUGUCCUUGGGGUAAUCUUUUUUUAUUUGGAGGCAAGCUGAGCUUUUUUUCAAUUUGGGGCAGGUAGGAGACUCCAGUUGGGUUACCAUGGGCAGAAUUUUCCGUGUAUAGGUCAGGAAGUAGUUGUCAGUCUGUCUGCAGACGCAAGGUAAACCAAAUACUUUUUUGGUUCCCAAGGAUCUGAAGAGGUGGAGGUUGGUUAAUGCCAGUGGGAGCAUUUCUGGUCUCGUGGGAGUGUCCAGCGCUGGGCUUGGGGGUAUGUGAAGUGGGAGGGUUGCUACAGCACAGCCUGCCUUAUGUUUUAUAAGAUGAAAAAAUAUUUAAAAGGCUUUUUUUAAGAGCAGAAAACAAAUUAGAGAUACAUAUAUAUAUAUAUAUAUAUACACAUAUAUUUUUCCCUACUUUGAUCUAGUUGGCACUGGACUAAUACUUGCCCCAUCCUCCCGCUUUCCUGGGUACCAGGCAGGCCAGGUUACUUGAAUUAUGUCCAGGUAUUUUAACUGUAUGGGAUGCAUCUCACUUGCUGUGGCAGCUGCAUCCCACAUCCUCACCCAUUUAACACCCACUGCAAGGCACUUGCCUGUGUGUUUUGCCUUGGGUGUCAACAUUGCCUUUCCUAGAGCAGAGCUGUCCAUACCAGCAUGCAUCAUUAGUCUUUUUAAAGGACUUACGGCCCCGCUUCUUUACAUGAUUAUCCUGCCAAUAUCAUCCUUUUUGGUUUUUAAGGACAGUUGAGCUUUCAGGUCUGUUGCCAGCAGAAGGACUGCGUGGAGCAAAGUGGUUCUCACAAAUUACGUGCAGCUCUUCCCUGGGAACAGAAGGUUCCCAUGAGUGGCACGCGUUUUGGAUUGACAGUGACGUUUGCUGCUAGCCGGCUUGUUAGUGGGUGGAAAACACAAGCUUUUGCACUGAUGGGUUUGUGCCAGCGGGUGUUCUCACCGCACCCGCGGAAAUGUUCUCAUCUACCAUAAGAUUAAGCUAAUAUCAAUCUCCAUCUCAGGUUGCAGUUAGAGGUGAUGAUUUUGUUGAGGGUUUUUGUGAAGCAGCCCUCCUCUCUCCCCAGGAGGGCACAUUUGGUGGCAUGAUCCUGUGCCCCAAGUCCCCAGCAGCCAUAAUGGAGAUGCAGAAAUGUCUCCCAGCUUUGUAAUUUAGUUUUGUGCAGGAAGAUGCAUUUACAGAGAGCCGUGGGCAAUCUGUGCUCUGAGAAAGAGCAAACAAGACUGAAGCCUGGCAGCCCUCCACCCCAGGGCAGGACCUUCUCGGCUGUGCCCUGGUUGGGAGUGCAUUUCAGCCCCUGAAUUUUUAAUGACCUCUGCAGAGUUGAACUGCAUUGGCUGGGAAGGUUUGGGGCACCCUGCCCAGGUGACAGUGAACCAAGGAGAGUUCAGCAUCUGCAGGGUUUCUCGUGGGAUUUUGUCUGAGCACGGGUCUGGUAUGAGCCUGUCACCUGGAGAGAUGGAGCUGUGUUUUGGGUAGGGUUGGGUACCAGUGGAGAUCAUUCUCAAAGCCCAUCCGCUGCAUUGCAGAGGAGGCAGAAAAGGAGAUGUGCUAAACCUGGGGUUUGUGAUGGGAUCCAGAGUGAAAAUUUAGGUUUGAGGCAAAUUCAGAAGUGCUUUCAUAGUUAAGAAGUGAGUAAGUCCAGUUUGAUGGACUCUUUGAAGCGUCCCUUGUGGUCUGAAUCUGCCCUGCAUAAUUUGGUGUUUCAGGCUCAAAAUGCAAUACAAGGGAGCCCUAUAGGUCCCUGCCCAGCAGGAGAACAAGUGUGUCCCAAAGUCUGUUUCUUGUGGCUUGUAGAUAAAAAGGACUCAGGUUUGUUCCCCGCCAUCAGUACAAACAGCAGUUGUGUUACAAGUUACAGACACCUUCUGGCAAAGAGGUAAUCCUGAAGCCCUAGUGUCAGUCAUCAGGACACUGACAGGAUUUGGCCUUUUGACUAGAAGGUGGAGGUGAAUGAUAGAAUAGUUUGGGUUGGAAGGAACCUUCAAAGGUCAUCUAGUGCAAACCUCUUGGGUCUGAUCACAGCCUGCAAGGAGGACAGGGUGCAGAGGGGGCCUUCUCCAGUGCUAGAAAUCCAUAAAGGCUCUGUGGGGCUCCACCUCUCCACUCUCAGCCUUUGCUUGUGAAAUAUGUGUCCUCCCUUAGCAUGGGGGUCAUUGGGUGGAGAAGAUGCUGCUGCACAGCUCAGCCACCAGUGAAGAUGAGGGAACAUGGGCACAGGACUUCAUGGGAAGGGUUCCAGAGUGAUUGCGUCUUCUCUGCUGUGCCACUCGCCACAUUCCUCACUAGUAAGGGGUGAGGCUACAUGAAGAGAAGCCCAGCAUUCCCAUUACUAUUCCAUUAUUAUGAAAAUGGAGCAGCCAGAUGAGUGCCUUCCGUCCCCUUGUAGUGGUUUCAGGCACUGUAAGGAAGGUCACAGAGGAAAUACCCUGUUAGAUACACCGUCCUUCUUUCCCUCCCCUCGAAAGAAAGGAUUUUAUUAUCAAAGUUUUAAUUUUCUUUUUAUUUAACUAAAUAAAUGGGUAAGAUUAUAGAGUGCCCUUAUUUUUAUAAAUGCUAUAGCUGUGGCAUAAGUUGUUGUGGCUAGUCAGUGCUCAAGCUAGGAGAAAGAUAAAGCUGUUGGGAGGACAUAAGGGGUGAUGCUGAAUGAUGGGUAGGCAUCAAAAACAGGGUUUAGUUUGACUCAGCCAAGGAAAAGCCCCGAAAGAGGUUUUGUGUUUUGGUUCAGCCUUCAGCACCCCAGCCCAUGGCUGAUAAUGGCUGAGCAGCAGUUCAACAUGAUGCCCAUGUGAUUGAAUUUUGAAGCUUGCACUGUCAUGUACUGGGUUUUCUGGAUGCUUGUGUUUGCGCAUGUUGUCCUGUGUCAGACUGUAAUGCUGGUGGGUUUGUUUUAACCACUUUUCUAAUUAUUAAUUGUUAUGAAAACGAAACUGUAACAUGAAUCACCUUGAUUGAUAUAAAACUUUGGAAAACAAAAAGAA